AUGCUUACCGCGACAGUCGACAGUCGCGCGCGUGUCGCCUUCGAGCGGCUCUUUGGCCUUCAUCUUGAGCUCGCCACCGCCGUUCAGUCAGCUCUCGUCAGGAUGUCAGAAGUUCAGACAAAGGUGUACGAUGGCCAGAAACCAGGCACGAGCGGUCUGCGCAAGAAAGUGACAGUGUUUCAACAAGAACACUACACAGAGAACUUUGUGCAGGCCAUCUUGUCUGCCAUCCCCGAACCGGGCGUCAAAGGCAGCACGCUCGUCGUGGGAGGCGAUGGGCGCUACUUUGGUCCAGAGGCAAUUCAAAAAAUUGUCAGCUUGAGUGCCGGCAAUGGCGUCUCGAAGCUCAUCAUCGGUCAAAACGGUAUCCUCUCCACUCCCGCAGCCUCACAUCUCAUCAGGAAACGGAAAGCGACUGGCGGUAUCCUGCUCACUGCCUCACACAAUGCUGGAGGUCCAAAGGGAGAUUUUGGCAUCAAGUACAACAUGGACAACGGCGGGCCUGCACCGGAAGCAGUGACCAACAAGAUCUACGACAUCACAAAGACCAUCAAGUCUUAUAAGCUCGCAGAAGUGCCCAAGAUUGACCUUUCCACCAUCGGAGAGCAAAAGGCAGGCUCACUCACCGUCGAGAUUGUGGAUUCAGUCAAAGACUAUGUCCUCUUGCUCAAAUCCAUCUUUGACUUCUCGACCAUCAAGUCUUUCCUUCAAUCUGACCAGGGCGUCUCUGUCCUCUUCGAUGGCAUGCACGGCGUCACAGGCCCAUACGGCCGCGCAAUCUUCAUCGACGAGCUGGGAUUGAGCGAAAAGACAAUCCAGAACUGCGUGCCCCUACCAGACUUUGGUGGCGGCCAUCCCGAUCCCAAUUUGACCUAUGCGCACGACCUCGUCCACAAAGUAGACGCCGAGAAUAUCCAAUUUGGCGCGGCGAGCGAUGGCGAUGGUGACAGGAACAUGAUCUACGGCAAGAGUGCUUUCGUUACACCCUCUGACUCGGUCGCUAUCAUUGCGGACUGGGCAGAAUCGAUUCCCUACUUUGCCAAGGGCGGCGUCAAAGGUCUCGCGAGAAGCAUGCCGACCUCUGGCGCGAUCGAUCUCGUGGCCAGAGCGAAAAAGUUCGAAGUCUUUGAGGUCCCUACAGGCUGGAAGUUCUUUGGCAAUCUGAUGGAUGCCGGCAGGCUGUCGAUCUGCGGUGAGGAAUCCUUUGGCACAGGCUCGGACCACAUCCGAGAGAAGGAUGGCCUGUGGGCCGUCGUCGCCUGGCUGAGUAUCCUUGCCGCUGCAUCGAAGCAGGGCAUUCGAAACGGCAUUCAAGGCAUUUUGCAAGAUCAUUACACAAAGUACGGCCGCACCUUUUUCUCACGCUACGAUUACGAAGAAGUCGACUCUGACGCGGCUAACAAAGUUAUGUCGGAACUUGAAAAGAAGUUUGCCGCUGGCGAGUUCAUCGGUUCUGAUCUCAAAGCGACAAGCUCCUCCACGACCUUCAAAGUGAAGGAAGCCGACAAUUUUGCCUACACUGACCCAAUCGAUGGCUCAGUCUCGAAGAACCAAGGUCUCUACGUUCGCUUCUCGGACGGCUCUCGCGUUGUCUUCCGAUUGAGCGGCACGGGCAGCUCCGGCGCGACGAUCAGACUCUACGUGGAGAAGUACUCCAAGGACAGUAGCGAAUAUGCGGGCGAUACGCAGGAAGGACUCAAGCCACUCAUCGAAGUCGCGCUCUCGCUCAGUCAGCUGGCCGAGAUCACCGGUCGCGACAAGCCCACUGUCAUCACAGUGAGCCCCUGGCUGCAUCUUUCGUGCCGUUCGCUGACUCGCAUGACAGUGAACACGGAACGUCAUAGGAAAGAGAAAGCGUCUACGAGAAUGCAAAUGAUGCUGUCAAUCUAG